CGCUCCUCACUCUAUUUGUAUCUCACCAUCCUCUCUUCUUUGACUUCACAAAAAAGCCUCCUCUAUUGCCACAAAGAUUUUUUUUUUUUUUUUUUAACUCUCUUUCCCAAUUUCUUUACCUUAUUAUUCUCGAGAUCCCAAUUCCUCUUCGAGAAAUUUUUAAAUCCCCAAUGUUGAUUCGUUUCUUGCGCCGAUCGAUGUGGAAUCCGUGAAGAAUCGCCGAUUUUUACCUUUUCUUUGGGUGGGUUUCGUCGAAUUCUAGUUUCUCGCUAUAUCUAGGGCUUCAAAAUGUAUGAGCAUGAUCGAGAUCAGCUUCUUUGGAGGAUUUGCUCGACAAAUUGAGAUCGCGAUCCGGAGGUGAGAGGGGGCGAGAGUGGAUGAAGCGAAAGGGUUCUCGGGGUCGAUGCCGGAGCAAGAUUGUGUACAUCGUUAUGCUGUGCUUCUGCGUCGGAAGCCUAAUGAUGCUGCAGAAUCAAUUCAUUCAGAUCACGGAUCCUGAGGUAGUGGUUCCGCCGCCGGCGGUCCAAAAGCCGAAGAUCGCGUUUCUGUUUAUUGCGCGGAAUCGGCUUCCCUUGGAAAUGAUCUGGGAUGCCUUUUUUCGAGGGGAGGAGCAGGGUAGGUUUUCGAUCUAUGUACAUUCGAGGCCUGGAUUUAUUUUGAAUGAGUUCACGACACGGUCUCCAUUCUUUUACAAUUGCCAGGUUAACAACAGCGUACAGGUAGAUUGGGGAGAAUCAAGCAUGCUUGCGGCAGAGCGUAUCUUGCUUAAAAACGCCCUCAAGGAUCCUUUCAACGAACGAUUUGUUUUUCUAUCUGACAGCUGCAUACCUUUAUACAACUUCAGCUACACUUACAACUACAUAAUGUCUACAUCGACCAGCUUUGUAGACAGUUUUGCGGAUACAAAAGAAGGUCGAUAUAAUCCAAGAAUGCAUCCUGUAAUUCCCGUGCAUAAUUGGAGGAAAGGUUCUCAGUGGGCUGUGUUAAUAAGAAAACAUGCUGAGGUAGUGGUUGCUGAUGAUAUAUUGUUCCCAGAAUUUCAAAAGCAUUGCAGGAGGAGAUCAUUACCAGAGUUCUGGCGGGAUCAUCCUAUUCCUGUAGAUGCAUCAAAGGAACAUAACUGUAUACCAGACGAGCACUAUGUUCAGACGUUGAUCGCACAUAAUGACCUUGAAGGGGAGCUUACCCGAAGAUCUGUGACUCAUAGUGCAUGGGAUCUUUCAUCUUCUAAAGAUCGUGAAAGGCGUGGGUGGCAUCCUGUGAUGUACAAACUUUCAGAUGCUACUCCGGCUCUGAUAAAAGCUAUAAAGGAUAUAGACAAUAUCAACUAUGAAACAGAGUACAGGAGGGAAUGGUGCACUAGCAAAGGAAGACCAGCCCCCUGCUUCCUCUUUGCGAGAAAGUUUACUCGCUCUGCUGCUCUCAAGCUUCUAAACGCUUCAAUAAUAGCUGCUAACUGACGACGACAAGCCCCAGGAAGAAUCUCGCAAAAAGCCACGCCGGAAAUCUCUCUCUCUCUCUCUCUCUCUCUCUCUCUCUCUCUCUCUCUUAGCCGAGGCAGUUCAUCAUAGAGAGGAACUUCGCAAGCCAAAAGAUGUAAAUGCGAAGGUAUGUUGUACGUGCCACGACGUCGCAUUCGCAAUUACCUGCACCUGCUCAUUGCUGCAACUUUUGUUGCAGCUUGUGAUGCUGGUGCGACUGAUUGUUGUAACUUCUAAAGCAAUGUAAAUUGUGACAUGCAGCACAGUCAUUGAUAGUGUACAACAGGAACAAUAAUGGGCUCAUAAGUUGUUUAAAGUUUCGGAAUAAAGAGAUCAUGAAGAUA